CAAGGCCCCUCUCCCUUUUUUGCCGUGUCUGAUCCGAGCAGAGCAAGGAGGAAACCGAGGUUGUGCAAUGGCGAGCGCUUUCCUCUCUUCCAUCCUAUCAAAAACCAGCCAAGUACUGGGCUUUGCUCAGAGAUCGGCAGUCUCGCCGUCUUCGUCAUCGGAUCCACGCAGCAGUGUUUUGGAAGAUCUGAAGGAGCUGAAGAGAACAUUGGAGAGGAUCCGAGCAGUGCUCCAUGAUGCGGAGGAGAGGGAGAUACGAGACGAAUCCGUCAAGCUCUGGUUGAGGGAGCUUAAAGAAGUGGCUUAUGAUGCAGACGACGUGCUGGACGAGUACCAGUACGAGGUACUCCGAGCCCAAGUGGAAGGCCGAGCUUCCCGCAAGAGGAAGCGAGUGGAAGGGGACGAUGAGGAAGAGGUUUCAAUUCCGGAUGGCAUGGGGGAUAGAAUCAGGAAGAUCAGGAAGAGGUUCGAUGAGAUCUCGCAGGAUCGGGAACGCCUCCGUUUAACAGAGGAAGAUGGAGAGCGACGGGUCCUGGAAGCUCCGUACCCAGCACCAACCAGCCACAUGGUGGAUGAGUCGAGUAUUUAUGGAAGGGAAUACGACAAGCAGAAAGUAAUUGAUUUGCUGUUUUCCGAGGAUAUGGCAAAUGGUGUCUCCGUCAUUCCGAUUGCCGGCAAGGGAGGACUGGGAAAAACCACCAUCGCUCAGCAGGUUUACAACAAUCCCAAGGUAAAAGAAUAUUUUGAUCUGAGUGGAUGGGUUUGUGUAUCUGAUGAUUUCGAUGUUCAAAGGCUAACGAAGGACAUCAUUGAGAGUAUUACUGAAAAUCCAUGUCAUCUUGCACAACUAAGCACACUUCAACAUGCUCUCAAGAAAGAGGUGAAGGGAAAGAGAGUAUUGCUCGUGCUCGACGAUGUCUGGAAUGAUCAGCAAAGCCGUUGGGAAUGCUUAAGAAAACCCUUCGUUAGCGCAGAAACAGUAAGAAUUAUCGUGACCUGUAGGAAUGAUUCGGUCGCAGAGAUCAUGCAGACAGUUUGUCCUUGUCAUCCUGGCUACUUGUCUCCAGAGCAGUCUUGGUCAUUAUUCAGACAUUAUGCAUUCGGUGGUCGAGACCCUGAAGAACAACCACGCUUAGCAGAUAUCGGUGAGUAGAUUGUCACAAAGUGUUCCGGUUUACCAUUGGCUGUGAGUCAAUAGGAAGCCUUCUUAGAUACAUAGCAGAUGAAGAUCGCUGGAUGGAUGUCAUGCAAAGUGAUGUAUGGGAAGUCGACGAGAAUAAUGAGAUUUGCCAGCUCUUAGAUUAAGCUAUAGUCGCAUGCCAGCACAUCUAAAACCUUGUUUCGUUUAUUGUUCCAUGUUUCCCAAGGAUUAUGAGUUUGACGGAGAUGAAUUAGUUCGAUUGUGGAUGGCGCAAGGUUACAUCCAGACACGUGGAAGUAGAAGAAGAAUGGAAGACAUUGGCAAUGAAUACUUCAAUGACUUGCAAAGAAGAUCGUUCUUUGAUUCCUUUGAUUCAAAGUUUAAGAUGCAUGAUAUGAUACAUGAUCUAGCAAAAUCUAUUGCAGGAAAUGAGUGCUGGGCAAUUGUGGAUAAGAAGCUACUUAGUCUCCCCGAUGGGGUUCGCCAUUUAUAUGCGCAAGAUGAAGAAGAAUUUGGAAAAUCACUGUGUUCGUAUAAAUAUCUUAGGGUCUUACGGACCUUGUUAAUACAGUUUAGAUUUUCAGGAUUAUGGGAUCCGAAUAGAUCUAAAAUAGAAAUCUCACAAAGAAUCAAGUUUCUGCCGUUACUAAGAUGUUUACGGACUCUAGAAUUUUGUUGUGGAAGGGAAGAUGAGAUCCCAGAUUUACUCAGUAACCUGAAGCACCUACGUUACUUACGUAUCAUGUCCGACAAAAUUGAGAAGCUCCCUGAAUCAAUAUGCCUCCUUUAUCACCUACAGACAUUGGUACUUGAUUGCCCGCAUUUUGCAGAGUUACCAGAUGGCCUAGAUAAUCUUACCAACCUACGGUACUUAUGUAUCAGAACCAACAAAAUUGAGAAGCUCCCUGAAUCAAUAUGCCUCCUUUAUCACCUACAGACAUUGGUACUUAAUUGCCCGCAUCUUGCAGAGUUAGAUGGCCUAGAUAAUCUUACCAACCUACGGUACUUACGUAUCAGAACCGACAAAAUUGAGAAGCUCCCUAAAUCAAUAUGCCUUCUUUAUCACCUACAAAUAUUGAUACUUGGUUGCUGGAAUCUUGCAGAGUUACCAGAUGGCCUAGGCAACCUUACUAACCUCCGCUACCUACAAAUUUGGAAUCAGCAAAUUCUCUACCUGCCACCGGGGAUGGGAAAACUAACAAAUCUUCAGCGCUUGCUUAUAAGUUGUAAAGUGCAAGGUUCGAUAGGAGUGCUGAAGAACUUGGUGAACCUCGAAAGUCUUCACCAUAGAGGAUGUUGGUCUUAAACAUAAGCAUAAACUUAACAAGUUGGUGCUACAUUGGAAUGCGCUCAACUGCAUCAAUGAUCUGCAUCAUGAGAAGGAAUAUGACAGAUUAACACAUCUAGAAGCUUUUUCGGAGAAAAAUAAGACAUUACAUCUAGCAGUUUUUCUAGAGAAAAAUAAGGAUGUCCCAGCAGAUGAAAAAAGGGAGAAAGCCAUGCUUGAGUAUCUCCAACCUCACGCCAACCUCAAAGAGUUGUGUGUACAAGGGUAUGGUGGUUCCAAGUUUCCAGAAUGGGUGGAAAAUCUUAUCUCCUUUAAAUCACUUCAAGAAAUCUGUAUAAUUAAUUGUAAAAAAAUACGUACUUUUCUCCUAUACAUUCAUGACUCUCUUGGAAAAUUGGAUGCAUCCAUAUCAAAAUCCAUGCUUGAGAGGAUGUACAUUUCUGGUUGCCAGCAACUCACAUCCAUGGCAGGGCUGCAUCAUCUCCACUCGCUUAAAGAUCUGAAGAUAUACAAUUGUCCUCAACUCCGACUCUUACCAGAGGAAAGAUUGCCAUCCAAUCUUCAACAUGUGCAUUUUAAGGAGUGCCAGCAGUUGACAUCACUGCCGAGGAUGCAAAACCUUGCUUCUCUCAGAAGAUUAAUUAUACAAAAUUGUCCUAAAGUUCAGAUCAUGGGAGAAGAUCAGCUCUCAUAUGUGCCGAAAUUUGUUGAUUGUCCUAGAUUGAGUAAUUGGUGCCAAAUACAAAGAAUCAACUGCAUUCAGGUUGCUUCAGGCAACAAGAUAACUAUAUCAAACAAAUGGGAGAAUAUAAUAAGUGGGUUUGAUGAUUUUACAUCCGUUGAGCAUCUUUGUUUCAGUAAAUAUUGGGAAUUCUUUCUGGUAACAGGCUCCAUACCCGUACUUAAAGAGCUGACCAUAUGGGGCUGCACGGAUAUCCCAUCACUACAGUGCUUGCCUGAGCUCACAUCUCUUCGACGCUUGGUCAUAAAGGACUGUCCUACAAUCCAGUUCCUGCCACAUCGACUGCACCCAUUCACGCUCGAGUCCUUGGUGGUUGAUAGUUGUGAGGACCUAAGGUUUUUGAUGUUGGCACAGCAGAACCGAGAUGCAUUUGAGGAGCUGCAGCUUGUGAAUUGCCCCAAGCUUGAACAGGUGGAAGGGCUGAAUAGGCUUUUCUUCCCAAAAAUCUUAAGAAUAGAACGAUGCCCUCAACUCCAGCUUCCACAAGAUGAUUGACAGCCAUUUAUUCCUCUACGUGUCGAAAUUGCAGAGGGAACAAGUGUUGGAUUGUGUGAUUGCAGCAUGGGUUGGUGCAGCUCCCUUCUCAGAAAUUCAUGUGUCCAAAUUGCAGAGGAAACGGAGAGCAAAGAAACAAUUGAUCAUGGAACCCAGGAGAAACAAGUGUUGGAUUGUGUGAUGAUUGAGCAUGCUAACAGUGUUGUAUCUUCAAUGUUUGAUGCCGCAGAUGAUUGCAACAUAGGUCGUUGGAGGUCACAGUCCAGAUGAUUGCAACAUAGGUCGUUGGAGGUCACACACCAGAUGAUUGCAACAUAGGUCGUUGGAGGUCACAGUCCCUGGAACAAAUCAUUGCAGAACCAUCGCAGGCAGACAACUAUGUUGUAUCUCGAAUAUCUGAUGACACAACUGAUAGCAACAUGGGUCAAUUCCUACAGCUUGGUACAUAAUAAUGCAGAACCAUCGGUAUGGAUUGGAGCAACUAUUAAAUCAAGUUUGAACUUUUUUUAACUAAUAAAGAAUUUAAGUUUUUUAUUCUCCUUUGUUUUGAUAUAGAAUUGAACAUAUGCUGGCAUGGCACACACAUUGUGCCGGUAGGUGUCUAGCAAGGUUGAUAUCUAAAUUCCUGUCAACAUUAACUAAAAUGUUGUCAUCUUCCUAGAAUCUAUAAUGUUUUAAAUACAAAAUUAGUUUCUUCUCCAACUUGAUUGUUUAUUUCAUGGAAUUAUCUUGGCAUUAAUUCUUUUUUAUUUUUUUUGGGAAAAUGAUCUUGGCAUCAAUUCCUAAAUGAUCUUAUAAGGUAGCACCUGUAAUACAGUGGGUUCAGGCCAGAAGCAUCUUCAGGUACGAUUUCUCCAUUAUUGUGGUUGUCUUUGUUGAAAAGUAAGGUUUAUAAAAAAAAGAGUUGUAGCUUUUGAUUGCUACUUGCUAUGUUUUAUUGCUUGCAAAUUAAUGAUAAUGCAAGCAAUCUAUUUUUUUGGUCAUGAUACAUAUACAAGUGCAUGCAUGGACCUUAAUUUUUACAUGCUUAUAUAAAGGCCUGGAAUUUUAAGCGUCCUUUGAACCCAUUCAUGACGAACUAGUAGUAGUUCAAAACACCACUAGUACCUAAUCCAAUCUGAGCAGCUAGUUGUUCAUGGUAAGUGAUAGAAUCUACCAAUCAAUAAUGUGAUAUGAUAUAUUGAUUUAGCUGAGUUUCACUAACUUAAGAACAUUGUACAACUAUGGUACGAAUUCUCAAUUAUGGGCAAUACACGAGUUUAUUAGGAUAUGGAGAAACUUAAAAAAAAUCAGAGAUCACCCUAAAUAAGAAGAAUACUUGAUGAAUGAGAUCCAUAAAGCUGACUCAAAAUAGUUGGGAGAAGGCUUGAUGAUAAUGAUGAUUAUGACAUAAGCUUGCCAGGUUAAAUACAAUAACCAAAGCUACAUGAAUUUAGAACACAUCAAAAUUUGUUAACAUGCAUCUACAAGUAUACAUUUGACAAACUUAGUAUUGGUCUUAGGGUGACUAACAUUCUAGGUGUCAACUUGUCAUGUGUGUGCAUUGAUCUUUUUUUUUUUUUUUCUUUCUAGCAUUAGGAUACCUAUAUGACCAAGUUUGAUUGAGGUGAGACUUGUCUUGCAUUUAUAUCAACUAAACUUAUGUAAGUACCAAGCCACUAUUCAAGAUUCCUGAACUACGGAAAGAACUUAAAAGAAGAAAACAAGACUGAUACCAAGGACUAUUACCCUUUCCACAAUCCAUGACAAACAAGAUAGAAAGAUAGAUAUAUGAUGCCCACAUUAAAUUGAAAAAAGAUGCAAUUCUGAUUAUAGGCAAAAACAUCACAGAUGAAUGUUUUCUGAUCUUAACCCGAUCUAAUUAUUCCUGCAGAUCAUUCUGUUCUAGGAAGGACAUAAUGUGAUUAUUCUGCUUCUCUUAUGAACGCGCAGGAUGUUUGCUUAGUGGGUCCAACUCUGUAGCAAAAUUUGUAUUCUUCUUAGAACAAAAUGAGAUGCACCAUUCUCCUAACAUGGUUGCAUAGAUGCCAUGAAGCUAGUGCCUCAGUUGCAUAUUAGAUCUCACGUUGAUUGGUCAAGGCAUUCUAUUUGUAAGAAGAAGCCAUUUUAGUUUCGGAACAAUUUUUAGAAACAAGAUCUCAUUUUUGAAGGAUAGAUAGAUUCAGCAAGACUUGUCCCACAUAAAAUGUAGAUGGACAAGAGAUAAGAGAAACAACUUAUUUCCCUUUUAUCCAUUUCAUAAUUUUAGCUUCAACGUGACCUUUCUAUAAGUUAUAUGAUAUAAUGAUAGGACCUAACGCAUCCAGAAUACUGCUAAUUUUUUUCCUAGGCAACAGAGUACUACUAAAUUCUUUUAUGCAUUUGCUCAAACUACUAUAUUUUUGGAUUUAGAAGCCAACCCAAAUCUUUUAUAGUAGUUGUAGCUGAGACACAAGAUGUGAUCACAAAAACUUAUUUUGAUAAUAUAAGGAUCCAGUUUCUCAUAUAUUCUAUGAUGUUUAAGCAGAAUAAUGUACCAGCAAACUCCAGAAAUAAAGAUAAGAGGAUUAAACAUGUGGUCAAAUAAAAGGUUCUAUAUAUAGCCAACUGAUUUAGCUAAGUGGCUGUUUGAUAUAGCAUGGUCUCAAUUUUUGGUUACCCAAAUAUUAGAUACAGUCACUACAAAAUAAUCAUAUUUGAUCAGGAGGGUCAUAAUCAAAAUAUGACCUGAUGCUUCAUGUCCUAUACCACAGGACAGAGCCAAAGCAAAUAAGAUGAGCAUCUCUUGGGAAAAAAAUAUUGAAAUGGAUGGAUGUUAAAUAAGAUGAGCACUUGCUCGGAUAGCAUCAUCUCUUGCUAUUUGGGCAAGAAGUCGGGAGUUCGAUUCUGCUUGGAGUCAACCCUCGAGGUUGUAUAGGGUAAAAAGGUGGGGAGUUAGCCUCUACUUGUCUCGGAAAAAAAAAACUAAAUGGUCAUGCCAUGUAAGCAAAAAUAAAUGGAAGGCUCCAGUGAUGUAAAUGAUAAAAAUGAAUGUCUUCUCUCAGAAAUAAAAAAAAAGAAACAAAUAAAUGUAUGAGAUACCAUCUAAAGUAUGUGUGUUGGGGAUAUUGCUUCUUGAAGAUGAAAUUCUAGUCUCCAUACCCUUUUCCUAACUUCCUGGGAAGCCCUUUAAUGUUUCUCUAGCUGAUUUUCUUUUUCUUUUUUUCUUGGAGUUUUCUUGUUGUUUUCUUAUGACCAAAAAGUGAAAAUUUCUCGAGGUGCUUAUUUGGAGUAAAAGCACAUAAUUUGUUAGAUACAAAGAUAAGCACAUAACUAGAAAGAGAAACCACUGAAGGGGUUAUACCUAUGGUUCUAAUUCUGCAGUCUUCCAUGUCCAGUGGGCAGACAAGGAGCUUUAGGCAAUGUGAGAGGCUGUUGCUAAGAAUCUACAAUUACCUCCUCAAGAAUGGAUUGAAGCGAAGUCUUUCUUGGUGCAAUGGUGCGAGUUAUGCAAGGAAUGGUUGGCAAAUUCUUUACAGUUGUGUUAUUGUUAUGUUAGUUGUGUUGGAUAUUUGCAUGAACUUUGGAGUUUUUAAGUAAAUCUAAAUCCUAGGAGUCUAUAUACUCGAUGAUCUUCCAAAUGUAACUGCUGCACUUUAUGAUCUUACAAUACUAGAGUAUGGCAUCCAUGAUGCAUGUGGUCUCGCAUAUGCAGAGACAUGGAGCUUUGUAAUCGCACCCAACUGUAGAGUUUGCAGAACUCUGACCUUCUAUAUUUAGUUGCUGUAAAACCUAAUGUA